AAAGUACCAAAACGACCUUUUAAUUUAUUUGAUCUUUCUAAGCAAAAAAAAUCCCAAUCUUCGUCAUCCCCUUCCCAUCACAGCCCAAAAUCAGAGGUUGGAGGCUUGGAGCCUCAGGCAACGUACAAAUUGUUUUUGAAGACAAUCAUAUCAUUCAUUCGCGAUCAACUGUUUGUGGAUUUGACUGUUCGAAGAAGGGGUCGGAAUUGGAGAAGAUCGAAAUGGGUUUUGUAGUUACAACUCUGAUCUUUGCAAUGGUGGGCGUAAUUGCUUCCCUCAUGGUCAGAAUCUGCUGUGGCAGAGGCGCAUCGGCCAAUUUGCUUCACCUUACACUUGUUAUCACAGCGGUAGUGUGCUGUUGGAUGAUGUGGGCAAUCGUGUACCUUGCACAGAUGAAACCACUCAUUGUUCCGAUCCUCACUGAAGGAGAGUGAAGUGUGUAUGGAAGAAUUUGUUCGUGCAGAACUGGGUCACGCAUUAUUGUUUCAGACUUUCCAUUCGGGAUUUGGUUGUAUAAUUUUCGAAGAGAGUUAGUUUGCUACGUAGGUUUAUUGUACCGAUAUAUUUGUUUGCUUCAUCCUCCGUAAACAGGGUGAUAGACCAGUCUUUUUUUGGCAAUUUCGGUUUGUAUGUACCUCUGUUUUAUUGAUGUGAAAUAAAAUUUCGAUCCCUUGCCA